UGUUCGCGUUCGGUUGGUCGGAGCAGUCAUGUCGGAGCAGGAGUCUCUGAAGAGCUCCAGCGCGAGGAACCGCGGAGGAGUACAGCGAGUGGAAGGCAAACUGAGAGCCAGUGUGGAAAGAGGAGAUUAUUAUGAGGCACAUCAGAUGUACCGCACACUAUUCUUCAGGUACUUGUCACAAGCAAAGCAUGCGGAGGCCAGAGAGUUGAUGUAUAAUGGAGCGUUGCUCUUCUUUAGCUAUAAUCAGCAAAACAGUGCUUCAGAUCUGUCUAUGCUGGUACUAGAGUCCCUGGAGAAAUCUGAGGCCAAAGUAGAUGAUGAAACACUAGAGCAUCUGGCUAAACUUUUCAGCUUGAUGGACCCAAAUUCACCAGAACGGGUGGCGUUUGUCUCCAGAGCGAUCAAGUGGUCAUCAGGAGGGUCAGGAAAGUUGGGCCACCCCAAACUACACCAGCUGCUGGCGCUCACAUUGUGGAAAGAACAAAACUACAGUGAAUCCCGUUAUCAUUUCCUGCGCUCAUCUGAUGGGGAAGGCUGUGCACAGAUGCUGGUGGAGUAUUCAUCAGCGCGAGGCUUUCAUGGAGAGGUGGACAUGUUUGUAGCACAGGCCGUCUUACAGUUCCUUUGUCUAAAAAACAAGACAAGUGCACUGGUGGUGUUCACCACAUACACACAGAAGCAUCCGUCUAUAGAGAAGGGUCCUCCGUUUGUUCAGCCUCUGCUCAAUUUCCUCUGGUUCCUCCUGUUGGCGGUGGAUGGAGGGAAGUUGACAGUCUUCACAGUGUUAUGCGAGCAGUAUCAACCGUCACUGAAGAAAGACCCUAUGUAUAAUGAGUAUCUGGAUAGAAUAGGACAGCUGUUUUUUGGAGUGCCACCCAAACAGUCGUCAUCAUAUGGUGGUUUGCUAGGAAACCUAUUGAAUAGCCUAAUGGGCUCAGGUGAGGAAGAAGAUGGUGAAGAGGCUCACGAAGACAGCAGCCCCAUUGAGCUGGACUGAAGUGUCUGACCCCACGUCAUAAACCAAACCAUUCACUGAAGUGAACAGUGACCAAUCACACAUCCGUUUGGGCGCUCUUUUUCAAAACAAAACUAACUCUUUCCUGUUAUUGUUGGACUUUGUUCUGUGUAUAGUUUUUAAAGAAUGAAGGUGCAACAAUAUCAAACGUCCCGGACUGUUGAACAAAAUUCAUAAAAGAGCAGAAAGCGGCGCACUUCAGAUGUAAUCGUGAACACCCUCCAUUUGUAGAUCUACUGAGCUCUUGGCGUCAGGGACCCUCAUUUGUGAGAGGGACCCCGAUGGUACUUUUGCUGUCCUGCCACAGAGGGUGGCGGCUGCUCCUCAAUGUAUUAAUGAAAGUAAUUCAAUUGCUCUUAACUUAUAAUCCAUGCUAAUAUACUUUGAUAAGUCCUACAGUAUGAUCGCUCAAAUCAAAACAAGGCUUGGUUUUGUGUGUCCACACGUCUAGAUCUUACCAGGGAUACUACGGUGUCUUUGAUAGGACAUUUCACCACUUAUGUUACAUCGCGCGCGUGUGUGUGUGUAUGCGUGAGAGAGGGUGAGAAAAGCACAGCUCUCACAAAUGUGUGUGAGACGGAUAGACGAAUGCAUGUUAGUGUUGAUCAGAGUGUGAAUGUGUUGUUGUAAGUGUAUCGGUCAUCAGGGGGGCGCUUCAUUCUCUUCUGAGGUGUGAUUGAGCAUAAUUAAAGGAUAGAGAUGGAUGUAACAAA